GCCGCCGCCGGCCUCUCUCUCUCCCUCCAUCACCCCUCCUCCGCCCGCCCGUCCCUCGCUCGGCACAGGCAAGAUGGCGGCCGUGGAGCUGGAGUGGGUGCCCGAGACGCUCUACAACACCGCCAUCUCGGCCGUGGUAGACAGCUACGGCCGGGCGCGCCGCAGGGACAUCCGCUCCUUGCCCGAGAACAUCCAGUUCGACGUCUAUUACAAGCUUUACCAACAAGGCCGACUAUGCCAGCUGGGUAGUGAAUUCUGCGAACUGGAAGUUUUUGCAAAGGUGCUUCGAGCUUUAGAUAAAAGACAUCUACUUCAUCACUGUUUUCAGGCAUUGAUGGACCAUGGAGUAAAGGUGGCAUCAGUGUUGGCCUAUUCAUUCAGCAGGAGGUGUUCCUACAUAGCAGAAUCAGAUGCUACUGUAAAAGAAAAAGCUAUCCAGAUUGGAUUUGUCUUAGGAGGCUUCCUCUCGGACGCCGGCUGGUACAGCGAUGCUGAGAAGGUCUUCCUCUCCUGCCUUCAGUUAUGUACCCUUCACGACGAGAUGCUCCACUGGUUUCGUGCGGUGGAGUGUUGCGUGAGGUUGCUGCAUGUCCGGAAUGGCAACUGUAAAUACCACCUGGGAGAAGAAACGUUCAAAUUAGCGCAGUCUUACAUGGACAAGCUAGCGAAGCACGGCCAGCAAGCCAACAAAGCCGCUCUAUAUGGGGAGCUGUGUGCCCUGCUCUUUGCAAAGAGCCAUUACGAUGAGGCUUACAAAUGGUGCAUAGAAGCCAUGAAGGAGAUCUCAGUUGGAUUGCCAGUAAAAGUAGUCGUGGAUGUUUUACGGCAAGCUUCGAAGGCUUGUGUUGUAAAACGUGAAUUUAAGAAAGCCGAACAGUUAAUAAAACAUGCUGUGUAUCUUGCACGGGAGCACUUUGGAGCCAAACACCCAAAAUAUUCAGACACACUACUAGACUAUGGGUUUUACUUACUCAACGUAGACAAUAUAUGCCAAUCGGUUGCAAUUUAUCAGACCGCGCUAGACAUCAGACAGUCAGUAUUUGGGGGCAAAAACAUCCACGUCGCGACAGCUCACGAAGAUCUGGCUUACUCUUCCUACGUUCACCAGUACAGUUCUGGGAAGUUUGACAAUGCACUAUUCCAUGCGGAGCGUGCGAUUGGCAUCAUAACCCACAUUCUCCCAGAAGACCACCUUCUCCUUGCCUCCUCCAAAAGAGUUAAAGCACUGAUCUUGGAGGAGAUUGCGAUUGACUGUCACAAUAAGGAGACAGAACAAAGGCUACUCCAGGAAGCCCACGACUUACACCUGUCUUCGCUCCAGCUUGCCAAGAAAGCCUUUGGGGAGUUCAAUGUGCAGACGGCAAAACACUAUGGUAACCUUGGCAGGCUUUACCAGUCCAUGAGGAAAUUUAAGCGGAAGAGAUUGCACAUCAAAGCGAUCCAGAUCAAAGAGCAGCUUCUCGGCCAAGGAUACGAAGUUGCUCUUUCCGUGGGACACCUUGCCUCACUCUACAACUACGACAUGAAUCAGUACGACAACGCCGAAAAGCUUUAUUUGAGAUCCAUAGCAAUUGGUGUAAGCUUUUUUGGGGAAGGUUACAGUGGACUAGACUAUGACUACAGGGGCCUCAUUAAACUGUACAAUUCCAUUGGCAAUUACGAGAAGGUUGAGUACCACAACAUUUUGGCCAACUGGAACCGGUUGCGGGAUCGGCAGUUUUCAGUUACAGACGCCCUCGAGGACGUGAGCACCAGCCUGCAAUCCACUGAAGAAGUUGUCCAGUCUUUCCUGAUGUCUCAGACCGCCGAAGGACAGAUUAGCUAAGGACCUUGGUCAAUUUUACCAACGACUUUUUUCUCCCCUUCUUCUGUUCCCUCCUCCCCAAAUUUACAUGGGAAAAAUCAUACUGUGAAAUUUGAAACCAUGUAGUUUUUUGUGUGUGUUUCUCUCU